AAUACGAAACACGUUCCGAAUCCCAAAAAGAUUAACAGACAGCUCAUCAGCUCUGACCGCGAUCACAAUACGAACUCAUCCAUCUCCGCCCACCGCUGGCGAAUUUUUCCUACGCCGCUCUUCACAACUCUGCAGGUUUGGGAUUAAUCGAUGGCUCUUGACAUGGAGUCGUUAGUGGAGGCGACGUCGGGUGCGGUAGGUGCACUGGUCAGCACCACCGUCUUGUAUCCUCUCGACACCUGUAAAACUAGGUAUCAAGCUGAGAAUCGAGCUCAUCAUCACCAAAGAUAUAGGAAUAUUUCAGAUGUUCUGUUGGAAGCAAUAUCCAAAGGUCAAGUCCUGUCGUUGUAUCAGGGCCUGGGCACGAAGAAUCUGCAGUCCUUCAUUUCACAGUUUAUCUACUUCUAUGGGUAUAGCUUUUUCAAGAGGCUGUACUUAAGAGAAAGCAAAUCUAAAUCCAUAGGAACUGCUGCUAACUUAUUAAUUGCUGCUGCUGCUGGUGCAUGCACAGCCAUAGCAACCCAGCCUCUUGAUACAGCAUCUUCAAGAAUGCAAACAAGUGAUUUUGGAAAAUCAAAAGGCUUGUGGCAAUCUCUCUCAGAAGGCUCUUUCAGUGAUGCAUUUGAUGGUCUAGGAAUUUCCCUUCUACUUACUGCAAAUCCAUCUAUACAGUAUACAGUAUUUGAUCAGUUAAAAAAUAGGCUUCUAAAGAGUAAUAUGAAGAAACAAACUGAUGAGGUGUCAUCUCCAGAAGCUAUCUCUGCCUUUUCUGCUUUUGUUUAUGGUGCAGUCUCGAAGUGUAUUGCUACCUGUUUAACUUAUCCAGCUAUAAGGUGUAAAGUGGUGAUUCAGUCGGCAAAAUCAGAUGAGAGUGAAGAUGGUAAGCCCCAAGCACGACCCCGUAAAUCCAUAUCUGGAACACUCUGUUCUAUCUGGGAAAGAGAAGGGAUACUUGGCUUCUUCAAAGGGCUGCAGGCACAAAUGCUGAAAACAGUCCUGACCUCAGCACUGCUUUUGAUGAUAAAGGAGAAAGUUACGAAGACCACAUGGGUCCUAAUGAUUGCACUAAGGAGGUUUAUGUUGACGAGACCCAACUUAAAGAGUUCUUGAAGAAAUCUCGUUGAAUCAGUGAGAUGUUCAUCUCGGUAAGUACAAUAAAUAUGAAGCAAAUCAGACUUUUUGGGUCUAUAAUAUAGCAAACUAUUGUGUGAGUGUAAUAGAUUGAAACGUCCAAAUUCUCAACUUUGACCUCUAAGCUGAUCCUAGUUGAUUGUAUCUGUAUUAACAUGACAGAAUCCUAUUUGAAUAAGAUUGAUGGAAAUUUUAUCUGA